GAAGAACACUACCUUGUGACAUCACACUUCUUUAGCGUGUGCUUCAUCUUCGUCGAGGCCAGCCAAUGGCUUUCGUAGUGCACAAAAGUAAUAAGUAAAUGACCCAGAUACCAUUAGGGUAUCCGGAUGGUGUGAAGUCACUCUUUCCUCUUCUCAAUCAAAACCAUGGCCGAAAGAAACUGGAAAGGGUCGGGGAGCACGGACUGGCUGGAGGCGAAACGGGCAAAGGCAUUGAGGGUGUCCAAUGACAGGGAGGCCUUGCAGUUAAAGAGGAUUCGACGGUCCCUUGAUUCCAUGAAGGUCAUGAACGAGAACCUGCUGAAACAGGAGGAGAGAAAAGUGAAGAGAUGGCUCAAGAAACAAGCCCAGGUCUCACCCACGGGAUCCUAUCAGUCAUAUUGCUUUAAGUCAUCCAGCUAUCCUGAGUCGAGUCAAGAUCUAACCACCGUCACACAGCCACUCUCUGGGAAAGACUCCAUUGACAUGCCUUGGAGCCAGUUUGGAGACCACUUGCCCAGCUUUGUGAGCUUUCUUCGACUGCCAACCAAAAGGCCAAGCUGCGAUCGGAAGUCUUCCAAGGAUCUCACACCGUUCAGUGGGAUAGACUUGCCCAUGCAAACCCUUUUGUCAAGAAAUAUGGUUCCUCGAAGCAGCGUUUCCAACAUGUCUUCUGCCAACAAAGACUCCUGGAAGGCCAGCAUUUCCAAGCAACCGAGUCUCAACAACAGCAUCUCCCUCCAAGAAGCCAUGGCCUUCUUUCCUUCCUUGCAAAGGUUGUCGAAAAGAGGAGACAAGCUCUCGCUCCCAGCGGCCCAUCUCCCUAAACAGAUUUCUGGGCUCCCAUCACUACAGAAAAGGCUCAAGAAUAUGAUGGAGAAGGAGCGAGAAGCGGAGAAGUUUAAGCUAUUCGAGCCGUUGCCUCAGAUCAAACCUGAAGAAAUCCUGAGCUGCAGGUACCUCCGUUUGUCUCAGAGCAAUAUUGACACUUUGCUGGACCUAUGUAAAGAGUCUGGGAUCCACGUAGACUUGCAUCCACAUAUGAAAGAAUCGGACAUCGACGUCAGCACAGUCCUCUCACCCAAUACCAGUAGAGCACCGUAGACUGAAGACCGUGCCCAAAUGUGGUUGUUUUCAGGUUGGGCACUGUUUCCACAGUGGCCCAUAAAAUGCAAAUUUCCCACCAGUAUUUCUACUUGGAAUAACCAGACACUUUGGGAAUUAAAGGCAUAGUUGACAAGAAACUAGGGAAGUCCUCCAGGAUUUAGUAAUGCAAUGAUAAAACAAAUCUUGCUCUCGCUGUGAGUAAAACUGUAAGGUGA